UGAGAGGCCGGUUUCUCGGUCGUUGGAGCCCGACAUCAUGGCGGCAGGAGGAACGACGGCUGCAGAGCUAUUCAUCAGCGUUCAGGAUCUGAAAUCUCAGGACACUUUUGACAGUGAUUCAGACAGUGGACAAGGCAGCUGUGAAACUAACUCCCCUACAGACAUAAGCAAGGGGGCUGCACCUAUUGAUGAUGAAGCAUCUUCAGAUGAAGAGAUUUAUAUGAGUAAAAGAAUCAAAUGUAAGAAGGUACUCCCAGAGAGUGACAGUGAAGGAGAAGACCACACGUCUGAGAAUUUGGAUGCCACAUCUGGGGAAAACAUGAAGGACAGUGGUACACUUGUUGCUGGGGAGAAGAAACCCAACUUCUUCCAGACUGUACUGAACCAUGAUGAUAGUGAUGCAGAGAAUCUGUCUCCCAGAUCUGAGUUGGAGAACUCCAGGAAAUCUGGAAAAAAACACAAAAGCCACAAAAUCUAUUCUGUCAAGCAGAUAGAUGGAAGAGAAAAGGGCAACCCAAGGAAAAGAAGGACAAAGAAAGAGAAGAAAAUGAAGGCCAUUAGGCAGAUGAUAAAAAAUGAAAGGACAAAGGAGCAAAAGGAGAAUGGCGAAGAUUUGUCUUUAAAUGACAGUGGGUGUCUGCUAGCUGAUAAAGAUCUCUUUGAGAAUGGCUUGGAGGAGGAAGAUCCCCCCAGUCAAGAUGAAGAGUCACUUGACUUAAUAAAAGCUGCCUCAAAAGAAAAGAUGAGAAAACAAAAGAUGUUUUCUGAGAGUGAAGUUUACAAACAUAUAAUGAAUGAAAAUGAGGAACCACUGUUAAAGGAACCUAGAAAGGAGCGCAAGGCAGCAAAGUUACGUAAAGAAGCAUUGAAACAGUUGCAUAGUGAGAGCCAGCGACUGGUACGAGAAGCCACCAUGCCUCUCCCUUAUCAUUUACCAGAAGCCAAAAGCAUCCAUGAAUUCUUCAAGCGCAAACCACGGCCUACUUUUCAGGGAAGUGCUAUGAAUUUGCUAAAGUCAACUAAAUACCAACCCAGUCUUGACAAAGAAAGUGUUGCUGCAAAGAAUCCAGGGGUUGGCUGUAUGGAGAGUUGGAAAGAACAAGUUGACCAAGCAGCAGUGAAGAGGUUGGGAAUGGGACUUGACUCACAACCUUUGAGUCUUGUAGGCACUGCAUUUGUUAACAGAGAGAGAUCUAUCGCGAGGGAAAUGGAACAUUUGACAGAAGAUUAUCUGGAGCAAAAUGGACAAAAUAGUGACCUCAAAACUGAGGUCCUAAGUGGGAAGCUAGCUACCGAAAAGCAAGAAAUGCCUCAUCGGGAUGCUGUCGAAUCCAUGGAAUUUCAGGAGAAUAAUGUGGAAGAAAAUGUACUUGAACAAAGCGACAAGCAAUCAGAAUUAUGCACAGGACCCAAGGAAGCUGCUCAGUCACCGGUGGCCACAUCACUUGCUCCUGGUGAAAGAGCAAAGAAGUCCAAGCUGGAUCGGCUUCGGGAACUGGGAGUGGACCUGACAAUCAAGCCUAGACUGUGUUCUGGGGAUGAUUCUUUUAUCACUCUUGAUGAGCCUGAAUCAAACAGAGAACUGGAAGCUUUGAAGGAACGCUUUGUGAAGCAUACAAUUCAUACAGUCAAACCAAAGACUGAACAAAUGGUGAACUUGAAUAUUAUUCGUAAGGAGAUGACCAAUGAGGGCAAAGAGGAGCUGAAGGCAGAUGUGGUUCCAGUGACUCUGGCUGCAACGGUUGUAGAAGAGGCAGUCCACACGAAGCCAGGUGAAAAGUUGCUCAUGCUGAAGGCUAAACUGCAGGAAGCCAUGAAACUCCGCAGGACAGAGGAACGCCAGAGGCGGCAAGCACUGUUUAAACUGGAUAAUGAGGAGAUGAUGGAGGAGGAGGAGGAGGAGGAGGAGAUGACAGAUGAGUCUGAGGAGGAAGAAUACAAUCAAGAGAGCACAGAAUAUCUUCUCGGAGAGGCAGAGGAAGAUAAUGAGGAGCUGGAUGAGCAGGGUCACGAAGAUAGCGACAAAGAAACUGACAAAGAAUCAGCUGAUGAGGAUGGAGUGGCCAAGUCAGUGCACUGCAGUGCUUUUCUGAAGCCUUCAUCUACAGAGUCAACACUGCUGCUUUUCAAAGAUAAUUCUUCAAAAACAGGGUAUUCUCUUCCAGGUGAAAAGCCUGAGAUGGAAGAAGCCAUGGCCAAAAGACCAGACAAGCCAGAAGACGAAGAUUCAUUUUUAAUGCCAAACUUGGCAAAGGAAAACAGCCACAAUAGCAGCUUUGAGUUGGUCAGUUCCAUGAUUCCCUCCUAUCAACCUUGGAACAGACAAGUGGCACGUGGGAACAACUUUUUCCCUGCCCUUGGAGCUGUCCGUUCUCCUUCUCCUGGGUUCUUCAAAACAAGCUUUAUCAGCUCUACGUCCAAGAGCUCAGGAAAGGCAUCUGAGCCUUCUUUACCCAUAGAGGAUUCCCAGGAUCUCUACAAUGCUACACCAGAAGAGAAAAGCCCAGUUCCAACACCUGGGAAGUUCCAGUUUAUAGAAGAUGACACUCAAAGUCAACUGCUUGAUGCAGAUGGGUUUUUGAAUGUCGGCCAUCCCCGGAGCAAAUAUCAGGCAUCCAAGGGUCGCCUGCUAUUGGCCAGCAUGGACGAGAAUGCAAUGGAUGCCAAUAUGGAUGAACUGCUAGAUCUGUGUUCAGGCCAGUUUGCUUCUCAGGAUAAACGCCCUCCUGACACUUACAGUGGCAAGAAGCCAAACAUGGAGGAGCUGCUUGGCCUUUGCUCUGGAAAGUUUGCAUCUCAGGAUUCUCCCAUUCAAGCGUCUUCAGCAGUCUCCAAACUGGAAAAAGAGUGCAGCCCUGAAGAUCCAAUGGCUGAGGCACUAGCUCUUUGUUCUGGCUCCUUUCCGUCUGACAGGGAAGUGGAAGAUGAAGAGGAGGAAGAGCUCGGAGACUUCCAGCUCUUGACGGAUGAUCAUGCCUUUGAUAGUGAAGAUGAUGAUAAAGAGAGCAAAGAGGAGGAGGAGGAAGAGAAUGAGCUUGAGGAAGAAGAGAGUGAAGAUGAAUUGGAAGUUGACGAUGAAGAAGAAGUGCUAAGACAAAGAGAAGGACGGAAGAGGAAACUCAAGCUGCAGGAAUUCAUGGAAGAGGAGGCUGAGCUAUCAGGAAGUGAUGUGGGAAGUGAGGAUGAGUAUGAUGGCGAGGAACUUGAUGAGUAUGAAGAAGAAAUUCUUGAUGAGGUCCUCCCUACUGAUGUGGAGCUCCAAGAUCAAGUCAACAAAAUACACAGGAAGGUGAUGCUGGAUGAUGACAAGCGGCAGCUGCGCUUGUAUCAGGAGAGAUACCUUGCCGACGGAGACCUGCACAGUGAUGGCCCUGGGCGAAUGAGGAGGUUCAGAUGGAAGAACAUAGAUGAUGCUUCUCAGCUGGAUCUUUUUCACAAAGAUGCUGACAAUGAGGGUGAGAAUGAAGAUCAUCUUGAUGAGACGGAAGCCAAGUGGAGGAAGGAACGGUUUGAACGGGAGCAGUGGCUCCGGGAACAGUCGGAAAAGGGGGAUGAAGAAGAUGUUGAUGAAGACAGUCAGUUCAUGAAACUGGCAAAGAAAGUCACUGUUAAGUCUCUACAGAAGAAAGCAACCCCCUCAAUACUUGACCAGGAAACUAAAUCUCUACCCAGAAAUCCAUUUGAAACUUUCCAGCCUGCUAGCAACCCACAGCUGAGAAAUGGAUCGCUACUGAACAGGCCCAAGGCAGUCCUGCAGAAACUGGCAGCCAUGUCAGACCUCAACCCAAAUGCUCCCAGGAAUUCAAGAAAUUUUGUCUUCCAAACUCUCUCACCCAUUAAAAAUGAAGAGAAGAAAGAGAUGUCCGGACCCCAGGUCAAGAAAAGAGCUCCCAUUACUGCUGCCGUACCUUCUCCCAAACGACCACGGCUUGAUGGCACUUCAACUCAGGAAACUCGGAGUAUAUUCCAGUACUUGGAGAGAUAAGAUGCCAGUGGGUUGUAUCAGAUACUGCCAUGCCUGUUCUUGAUCUGGCUUCUUUCCAUAUACCGACAUCAAAAAGCAAGGAACUAACAUGUGUGUCUCUUGUCUGGGGCUAUCCAGUGCCAAAUGGAAAAUGACCACUUGAAAUAUUGUAUGCCAGGAGUUUAUACCUUCACCUGAAUCCUUGAGUGCAAAUAUAAGAACAGAGGAGUGGGUACACUUUGCCUAUCGCAUGCAGCUCUAGCUUGAGCAUUAGUUGAAGCAGCCUUUCCUUACAAUGGUGUGCUCCAUCAGUCUAUGUUGGACUCCUGAGAAAGGCUUUGGGUUGAAGAGGACAGACAAAGGCCUGUGAUUCCAUGCUGUUUUAUUUUUAUUUUUAACCACUGCGAGGGCUGGAUGUUUCUUCUUACGCCAGCUGUGGAAGCUGCCUUGAUAUUCUGGCUUAUUUUUAAAUCAAGGUGUUGUUUUAACUUUUCUAAGCACAAUUUUGUAUUGCAGAACAGGUGGUGUGCUUUUCCUUCCAUUCUUUCCCACACCUUUUCAUGCUCAGGUAUUCUUUUUUAUUUUUAAAACAAGCAAAUACAUUUUUGUCAAGAAAGAAAAUGGGGGGAUGAAGUGGUUCUUUUCUAGCAAUUGCAUCUGUCCCUUUCAGUCCUCCUCAAGUUUAUUUGAACACUUUGAAGCUUUUAAAAUGAACAAUAGAGGUUUGGAGAAAAAGGAUCUUGCUUACGUUUGCAUUCUAUUUUGAGGGCAGUAUUUGAAAUAUGGAAGGUGAAUGGAAUUAUGUGAUAUGCUUCUGGCUAUAUUUUAAAAGUGUUACACUGAAGACAUUUGUAGCAACAUCCUGCCCUGUUCUUAACCUGCUCUAAAUUUAUUCUUGCAAGGUCUCAAGACAGUAAUCCUAGAUUGUAAAUUUAUUCUGUGAGGCUGUACAUGCACAUGUGUGUGUAUUGUGUACAUAAGUAAAUAAAGAAUGUACUCUGUAAGUAGGCUUUCAUAAUAAACAGUUUUUAUUAAUUUUUUGUAGAAGCUGGAAUAGAUUAUGUCCAAAGGAAAACAAUAUAGUUUGUGGAAUCCACAUUCUUUGGAUUGUGCUUAUAGAUGUGUCUGUCAAGAUAGUGAGCGCUGUUUCUUCUUUGAACUUGACUUUC